CCUCAGUGUCGUCGUUUGCCAAGCUCAUGGUCCUCGACCACUUCGACAAGACUCACCCGACCAAUCUCACAGUGACAUAUCUCAACAGGUAAGACACCAAUGGCACCAGUGGGCGAGAGGGGUGCGUGUUUGAUUGUGUGUGAGAGAGAUUGUGUCUGAUUGUGUGUGUGUGUGGUUUGUUCAGGCGUGUUGGUGGCGGCCGUCUGGAUGGCCUCCUCACCCAGUCGCCCCACACACCGGUGGCCGGAUGCACCACCACAUUCAGCUCGGACGGUCGUGUGCGAUGGCUGGUGCUCACCAACAGUAGCCACACCUUCGUGGCGUGGAUUUCCAUUGUGGAUGAGGGAAACGAGAAUGGUCAGGCUGACAGACAUGCAGGUCUGCUGGUCAAAUGCCACAUGUGUCUUUCCUUUCUGGCUGUCUGUCCGCAGUGGAGGUUGUCGUUCAGACCACCGAGGAGCCUGUGCGUGAGAAUGGCGCUUUCAAGGACCGCCUCCCCAUGACGACUCAGCUGGGCGGUGUGGCGCUGGGGCCAGGACUUGCAGUCGUCUUCGACGGCCAAGUAUAUCAACUCAAGUAUCAACUUGAGCCAUCAGAGGGGGAGGGGGAUGACGGGGAUGAUGGUACGCGCAGACAGAGGGAGGGACGGAUAUUGGUGGAUUGAUGAGUAUGUGACGGGCCUCGCCUGUGUGGGGUGCAGACAGCGAUGAUGGCGGUGGUUCGGAUGAUAUGGAUGAUGGCAGCGGAGAGGACAGCGAAGGUACGCAGCCAGACACACGACACGCAGGCCCCCACGUCGACUUGCGUCACAUUCUGUGUGUAUGUGUGUGUUGUGCCUUCGGCAGGUGACGGCGGCGUAGCUGAGGCGGAGAGCGGCGACUGAUCGAUUCAUCAGUCAUUACAGUACUGGUAACUGAGUGUGUGUGUCUGCCGUCAGGAGGGUAUUUUGGCUGCUGGCCGUCGUCAUUCAUCCCUGUCGCCGAUCUGCUUACUCUGUCGACCAGCUGCUAAUCGAUGUGUUACUAACCGAAUGCCUGACAUGGCUCUGAUACCUGCGUGAGUCGGUCUAUGGCUUCGCCUUUCUCUCUGUGGGGCUCUCCUCUCUGUGUAGCCCUCCCUCCCUCCCUCCCUCCCUCUGUAUCUGUGUCUGUGUCUGUCUGUCGGUGUGGACAUCGAUUGCGGUCGCCCGUAC